AUGGAAAAACUGCCCCUUGAACUGAAGCAGCGCAUCUGCAGCUUCCUUACCAGCCCCAAGUCUCUCAAACCAAUCCGCCUUGUCUCGAAGCAAUUCGCUGACGCGGCUGCGCCUUACUUGCUGCCACGCAUCUUUCUCGUCAAGCAUCGUGACAGUUGCGCUGAAGUGCGCGAGAUCGCUGAUCACCCCAUCUUCAGCAAGCAUGUUACCACCCUGGUUGUCGACCCCAGUAACUUGAAAAACCACAAGUCGUUUAAGAAGUGGAUGGACGAACACUCUCAUCUUCGUUCAAGUUUUCCUGACUGGUGGGACUUCAAGCCUGACGACAUUGACUACGACGAAGACGGAGAUCCGAUUCUCGAUACCUCGUACGCACGCUCACAAUGGUCCAACGCACACAAGAAGUUUGAAGCGGCCACAAAGAAAGUCGACAAAACUUUAAGAAGAUCUCAGGAGCAAUACUGGAAAGCUCAGCGUCAGAUUGCUGCGUAUCAGUCCACUGAAGACUUUCGACGCCACUUCUUGGGCACUAUCACCUAUGCCUUCAGGAUGUGUCCCAACCUGGUCAACAUUGUUAUUGCGCCCCCACAGCCGGGUCAGAGUCAUGUCAUCUUCAAGCUGCUCUCCAUGUUCAAAAGCAUACAUCCGCACCCAGAUGCAUGGGUCGAUGCCGACAUGCACGACCCUUUCGAGUUCGGCCUUGCAGAGAUACUGUCUGCUGCAGACCAUAAGAACGCUGGUCUACACUCCUUGACCAUCCUCGACCUUCCCUUCAAGUGUGCAGACUACACCGAGAUUGAGAGCUUCGGGUCCCUCGAACGACUCAAGCACGUCCGCAUUGGCUACACCUGUCUUCCCAAUAACCCAAAGACCAUGUUUGGGUUCAAUCUCGAGGAAGCAAUCAGCAAGGCAAAUGCUCUGGAGACAAUCUGGUUAAAGAUGCCACCUCAACAAAGUAGAAGAAACAUUCUCGACGGAGACGCGAUGUUGCGAGCACUUGAUUCGAGAUUCCUCCGUGAUGUUCUUCUCAUCGACAUGGUUGUUACUGAAGACGCUCUGGUCGCUUUCCUUCUUCGCCACUCUCAGUCGCUGCAGCAGCUGGACAUCGACCUCACUUUGAGCGCUGGAAAUUGGCCUUCGACAUUCAGACGCAUCUCGUGCCAACUGACUGCACUAAAGAGGGUGCAACUCAUCGAAAUCUCGGAGAUAGAGGUGGAUGAAGGCAUGUCACCUUACACUCCUAAAUGGUGCUCAGAAGCACGUGAUUUCAUUCUGAACGGAGGCGUGCUGCCAGAGCCUCUGGCGUACGAUGAGGAAGAGGAUGUGGUUGAUGAAGAGUAUUCUGAGAAGUACUGGAGACCUGCACUGAGAAAGCAAGACCUGCCAGAAGAGGGACUAUGGGAGGACUACGACAGACCCUAG